AUGCACAGAUAUGGCAAGCAGUACCAGUACUUCCAGCAGAUUGUUGCAGUGUAUGAGUCGGAGCCCGAUAACUAUGCUCGGCUGUCAGGGCUGAUGCAGGGGAUGCAGGAGACCGGCCAACCUCCUUCCGAGAUCGUAAAGGACCUUGCUCCAGGUGGGCGCGGAAAGCUCGAUAAAUGA